AUGGCCAAGGUUGUCACCCAGUAUUCCCACCCCAAGCUGACCCACCCUGCGGUGAGGACCACGGGCAGAGAGCUAGGUCACAUUGAAAAUGGCCUCAGCAGGACCCACUUGCCAUGUGAAGAGACGUCAGAACUGCAGCAAGGGAUCGCCAUGGAGACCAGUGGACGGGCUGGAUCCGGACGAGGCUCCUUCACCGGCCUCAGGCCUGCAAGGUUAUGGCGCCACAUUAUCUCGCUUCGCCUGUGGGCCACCAGGCACUUAUACCCCCAGGACCAGAGACCUGACUCUUUCCUGGAGCGUUUCCGAGGAGCCGAGCUCAAGGAGGUGUCCAACAGAGGAAGCAACUCCCAGUGCGGCGUGGGCGGCCAGGAAUCAGACAGAGGGAGGAGUGGCUGGCCUCUGGCCAGGGACAAUGCCAACAACUGCAACAGCUCAGAGAAAGAUGACCAAGCGAGAAAGAAGGAGAAAGAGAAAAAGGAAGAAGAGGGAAAGGAAAACCACCCCAAACUAGAGGAAAAGAAGGACACCAUCGUGGUAGACCCUGCCAGCAACGCAUACUACCACUGGCUGACUGUCAUCGCCCUGCCUGUCUUCUACAACUGGUGUCUGCUGGUCUGCAGGGCCUGUUUUGAUGAGCUGCAAUCUGAACACCAGAUGCUGUGGCUGGUCCUGGACUACUCGGCGGAUGUCCUCUAUGGCUUGGAUAUGCUGGUGCGAGCCCGGACAGGCUUCCUCGAGCAAGGCCUGAUGGUCAGGGAUGGCAAGAGACUGUGGCAGCAUUACACGAAGACCUUGUACUUCAAGCUGGACGUGUUGGCCUUGGUCCCCACAGACCUGGCUUAUUUGAAGCUGGGUGUAAACUACCCAGAACUGAGGUUCAACCGCCUACUGAAGUUGACUCGGCUCUUCGAGUUCUUCGACCGCACGGAGACAAGGACUAAUUACCCCAAUGUGUUCAGGAUUGGGAACUUGGUCUUGUACAUCCUUGUCAUCAUCCACUGGAACGCCUGCAUCUACUUCGCCAUUUCCAAGUUCAUCGGUUUUGGGACAGAUUCCUGGGUCUACCCAAACAUCUCAAACCCAGAGUAUGGGCGCCUCUCCAGGAAGUACAUUUAUAGCCUCUACUGGUCCACCUUGACCCUGACCACUAUUGGCGAGACACCUCCUCCUGUGAGAGAUGGGGAGUACCUCUUUGUGGUCGUAGACUUCCUGGUGGGUGUCUUGAUUUUUGCCACCAUCGUGGGCAAUGUGGGCUCCAUGAUCUCGAACAUGAAUGCCUCGCGGGCUGAGUUCCAGGCCAAGAUUGACUCCAUCAAGCAGUACAUGCAAUUCCGCAAGGUGACCAAGGAUUUGGAGACACGGGUCAUCCGGUGGUUUGACUACCUGUGGGCCAACAAGAAGACGGUGGAUGAGAAGGAAGUGCUCAAGAGCCUCCCGGACAAGCUGAAGGCAGAAAUUGCCAUCAAUGUGCACCUGGACACCCUGAAGAAGGUCCGCAUCUUCCAGGACUGUGAGGCAGGGCUACUGGUGGAGCUCGUGCUGAAGCUGCGGCCUGCAGUGUUCAGCCCUGGGGACUACAUCUGCAAGAAGGGGGACAUCGGGAGGGAGAUGUACAUCAUUAAGGAGGGCAAGCUGGCCGUGGUGGCCGAUGACGGGGUUACUCAGUUCGUGGUGCUCAGCGAUGGGAGCUACUUUGGGGAGAUCAGCAUCCUGAACAUCAAGGGCAGCAAGUCGGGGAAUCGUCGGACAGCCAGCAUCCGGAGUCUCGGCUACUCAGACCUGUUCUGCCUUUCCAAGGAUGACCUAAUGGAAGCGCUCACUGAAUACCCUGAUGCCAAGAAGGCCCUGGAGGAGAAGGGGAGGCAGAUCCUUAUGAAGGACAACCUGAUCGACGAGGACCUGGCCAAGGCCGGGCCAGACCCUAAGGACCUCGAGGAGAAGGUGGAGUACCUGGAGUUCUCCCUGGACGCCCUGCAGACCAGGUUCGCACGGCUCCUGGCUGAGUACAGUGCCACCCAGAUGAAGGUGAAGCAGCGUCUCAGCCAACUGGAAAGCCAGGUGAAGGUCAGUGGGAGCAGCCCUCUGCCUGAUGGGGACGCCCCAGAACCAGAGACCAAACAACAGUGAAAACACAGAGGUCUGUCCCCUGCUUC